AGUGCAACGAAUUUUGAGCCUAGACUAUUCUAGUGGCGUCGGAAGUCGGUGACAUUGUUUAUGUGUACCUCUUCCUUCCAUCCAUCCAAUACAGAUCACCACCACCCUCCGCCUCAACCUUAUAUCUUCGCAACCUUCCUCAACCUCAAAUGCCUCCAUCUCCCUACCUACUACUCUUUCCCGCCGGAUCACUCUCUACAAAUUGCUUUUCAGUGUGAUAAUUUAAAUUCAGUAGUAACGGAUGAACUUGAAAUGAGUCUGAAACUGAAUACAGUGGUAGGGUCUCUACGCCCAUCUCAAGUAAACAUUCUAUUUCUCAAUGUUGCAACUUUCCAUCGACUAUGGAGGCCUCCACGACGCAAAAGGUCAACAUACCUAGUCAUACACAGCAACCUUCAGUUAAGUUCAUCUUUAUAUUCAGCACAGGAUACUUUAUUCCAUGGCUUUCUUUCUCAACUGAAUUCACUGGAUUUACUUGCUCCAGCCCUAGGUUUCACCUCUGUUCUCGCUAUCCUCUACAACUCCACUUUCACCACCCACCCCUCCAAUGGAAUCGGGGACUGGAUUCUCUUUACCUCUCCCACGCCGUUUAACCGUUUUGUCAAGUUACGUUGCGAAUCGCUUCUGUUGGAGGAUUCAAAUGAGAAGCUGAUCAAGGAGGAUGGUCAUCUUGUUAGCUUCGAUACGGGACCAAUUCAACAAACUGGUGUAAAUCAUGAUUAUAAUGAUGAUGUUUUAGGAAAACAACUUUCCUAUCAGAGAAUCUGUGUUAAUACCGACGAUGGUGGAGUGGUGUCCUUGGAUUGGCCUGCCAAUUUGGAUUUGACUAAUGAACUUGGUUUAGACACCACCGUUUUGGUUGUUGCAGGGACUACAGAUGGAAGUAUGGACGAGAAUGUUAUGUCCUUUGUGUACGAAUGCUUGAAGCGCGGUUGUUUCCCCAUUGUGAUGAAUCCCAGGGGUUGUGCCCGUUCGCCACUCACAACACCCCGGUUAUUCACGGCUGCUGAUAGCGAUGAUGUCUGCACAGUUGUACAGUUCAUAAACAGGGCCAGACCAUGGACAACUUUGAUGGGUGUUGGCUUCGGUUAUGGUGCAAAUAUGUUGACAAAGUAUCUAGCUGAAGUUGGGGAGGAAACGCCUCUUACAGCUGCCACGUGUCUAGACAAUCCUUUCGAUUUAGAAAGAGCUACUAAAUCCCCUAAUCAUCGUUAUGUCAAUCAGAAUCUCACCGAUGGCUUAAUUGAUAUGCUCAAGUCCAACAAGGAACUAUUUCAGGGUCGAAGUAAAGGGUUUGAUAUUGAAAAGGCUUUACAGGCUAAAUCACUUCAAGAGUUUGAGGAAGCAAUAUCCAUGGUAUCAUAUGGAUUCGAUUCAAUACAAGAAUUUUAUGUCAACUCCAGCACAAGAGAUGUGGUUGGCAAAGUAAAGAUCCCUCUUCUCUUUAUUCAGGAUGAUGUAAUGCCAUCUUUUUCCAUUCCACGUGGGUUGAUAGCAGAAAAUCCAUACACAAGCUUGCUUACUUGCUCUUUACAAUCAAAAGACAAAAGCUAUACAGGGACGUCUGCUGUAUCAUGGUGUCAGCAUCUUGUUGUUGAGUGGCUUACAUCCAUUGAGCUUGGACUUUUGAAGGGUCGACAUCCUCUUUUGGAGGACACUGAUGUAACCAUUAAUCCUUCAAAAAGUUUAAAACUGAUGGCAAGUAAAUCAUCUCAUUCAAAAAAGAUGCUGAAAACAAAUGAUACUGAUUCAAGCUCAAAAUUUGAAGAAAAAGAUAAAGAUCUAAAAAAAACUACUAAUGGAGCAGUGACAAAGACAAAUUCUACAGUUGUAGAAGCAGAGGUAGUGAAGGAAGGUGAUGUGGAUCUUACAGAUAGUGAAAGAGGGAAACUGCUACAGGCUACAGAAGUUGUGAUGAAUAUGCUUGAUGUUACCAUGCCUGAAGCUCUAUCAGAAGAACAAAAAAAGAAGGUCCGAACUGCCAUUGGUAAAGGAGAAACCCUAAUGACUGCUUUGCAAGGUGCUGUUCCUGAAGAGGUCCGUGGGAAGCUUACAACUGCUGUUACUGGAAUCCUGGAAAGUCAAAAGAAAACCUUAAAUGGCCUAACAAGUAUUACCAAGAUUCCUGAUGUGUUGAACAAAAAGAUUCUUAAAAAAGAACCAAAAGAUACUUCUGACCAUAGUAAGAAUGAUGAUUCUUCCAAACAAAAAACUGAUGAAUCUGAUUCAAGUAGCAAAGCGGAAACUUCUGGUAGCUCUGAGGAUAAAGUCAAACCUGGAAAUGAAGGUGAAACAAAAGAGGAGAAGGGUGAUCAACAGAAAGAAGAAACAAAUGCACCAAAUCCAGUGAAUGAAGAAACUCCAUCACCUUCUUCUCCAGAAGAUGGUGUUCCAGAUGACACUGCUUCUGGUCUUCCAUCUCUUGAACCUCCUCCAGCAUUGGAUGCUAUAACAGGGAUUGAUGAUUCUACACAAGUAGCAGUUAACAGUGUUUUUAGUGUGAUUGAAGGUGUGAUUACUCAGGUGGAAGGGGAGACAGAUGAUGAAUCAGAAACUGAUAAUGAAAACGAGGUUGAAGAAACAUCUACAACAGAAUCUGAAAAGAAGCAUCAAACUGAGAGCAAAUCUGAUUUGCAAGAUGAAAAAAGCAUCAAACUUUCUACAGACUCUCAAAAGACGCAUCAAACUAACACAUCUACAGAGUCUGAAAAGAAGCAUCAAACUAAAAGCAAAUCUGAUUUGCAACAGAAAAAAGAUGAAGAAAUCAUCGAAGUUUCCACAGACACAGAAAAGAAGCAUCAAACUGAGGUUGAAGAAACAUCUACAAACUCUGAAAAGAAACAUCAAAUUAAGAGCAAAUCUGAUUUGCCACAGAAAAAAGAUGAAAAAAUCAUCAAAUUUUCCGGAGACUCAGAAAAGAAGCAUCAAACUGAGGUUGAAGACACAUCUACAGACUCUGAAAAGAUGAAUCAAAGUGAGAGCAAAUCUGAUUUGCAACAGAAAAAUGAUGAAAAAAUCAUCGAACUUUCCACGGAUUCAGAAAAGAAGCAUCAAACUGAGGUUGAAGAAACAUCUACAAACUCUGAAAAGAAACAUCAAACUAAGAGCAAAUCUGAUUUGCCACAGAAAAAAGAUGAAAAAAUCAUUAAAUUUUCCAGAGACUCAGAAAAGAAGCAUCCAACUGAGGUUGAAGACACAUCUACAGACUCUGAAAAGAAGCAUCAAAGUGAGAGCAAAUCUGAUUUGCAACCGAAAAAAGAUAAAGAAAUCAUCAAACUUUCCAGAGACUCAAAAAAGAAGCAUCAAACUGAGGUUGAAGACAAAUCUACAGAGUCUGAAAAGAAGCAUCAAACUAAGAGCAAAUCUGAUUUGCCACAGAAAAAAGAUGAAGCAAUCAUCAAACUUUCCACAGACUCUGAAAAGAAGUAUCAAACUAAGAGUGAACCUGAUUUGCAACAGAAAAAAGAUGAAGAAAGCAUUAAACUUUCCACAGCAUCUGAAAAGAAGCAUCAAACCGAGGUUGAAGACACAUCUACAGACUCUGAAAAGAAGCAUCAAACUAAGAGCGAAUCUGAUUCGCAACAGAAGAAAGAUGAAAAAAGCAUCAAACUUUCCACAGAGAAAAAAGAUGAAGGGAAAUCAGAAGAUAAUGAUGAUGAUGAUGAUGAGGAUGUUAUUGAACCAGAUUAUGUAAUAUUAGAUUCUGAAGAUGAUUGGGACAAGAAAGGAAAACUUGAAAUUGGUGAUGAUGCAUCAGUGGUGCUAAUGCAACGUGUGAAAGAGAACAUAUUAAAAUCAUUAAAGGUUGAAGUUUGCAGAAGAAUAGAUGCAACAGAGAUGGAGGAUAUGGCAGAAACACUGAAAAAAGAGGUAGAGCAUGUUGCUAAUGAAAUUUCUGUAGCUGUAGUAAAUGAAAAACAGCAUAUAAUAUCAUGGGAUGGUGAGGAUAUGUUUGGUCAUGGUAAUCCGUAUGCUGAACGUAUACUAGACACCAUCACUUCAGCUGUUGAGGGCACCACAUAUUUGAAAAAAUCAAUUCCACUUGGCAUUGUUGUAGGCUCCAGCCUAGCUUCCUUGACAAAAGUCUUCAAGACUGCUGCAGCAGAUCCCGUAGAGAACAACACUGUAAGACAUCAAUUGACUCUCAAAGAAGUCAACCAGAAGAACAACAAAGUCAACAGUGAAGAUGAUGUAUAUGAGGAACAAGAUGAUGUAUAUGAGGAAGAAGACAUGUCAUUGUCGACUAGUCUAGGAAAUAACACUGUGAUGGCUGGAGCUGUUACUGCAGCCCUAGGAGCAUCUGCUUUAUUUGUUCAACAACAAGGUUCAAAUGGUGAUGGACUUGAAAAUUCAUUAUCCUCUUUUUCUUUCAAUCAAAAAGAGAAUCAUGAGGAGCCUGGGAAUAUGGUUGAGGAGAAUACAUCCAAAAGCAAUGACAAUAAUAUAGUCACAAGUCUUGCUGAGAAAGCCAUGUCAGUUGCUGCUCCUGUAGUGCCUAAGAAAGAAGAUGGUGCAGUGGAUCAAGACAGGUUGGUUGCCAUGCUGGCAGAUUUGGGGCAAAGAGGUGGCAUAUUGAGAUUGGUUGGUAAAUUUGCUUUACUUUGGGGUGGAAUACGAGGUGCUAUGAGUUUGAUUGGAAAGCUCAUCUCUUUUCUGAAGCUUUCAAAGCGACCUCUGUAUCAGAGGAUCUUGGGUUUCGCAGUUUUGGUGGUUGUAUUGUGGACCCCAGUUGUGGUUCCUUUGCUUCCAACACUCUUACAAAACUGGGCAACAAAAAACUCCUCAGCAAACGGGUUUGCAGAGCUUGCUUGCAUAAUCGGUCUUUAUGGUUCUGUUGUGGUGCUGGUUGUGUUAUGGGGGAAAAGAAUCAGAGGCUAUGAAAAUCCACUUGAAAAAUACGGUCUUAACUUCAAAUCAACAACACAGAUGAAAAACCUGGCGUUAGGGCUGAUGGGAGGGGUGAUGUUUGUUUCAUUGAUACAAUUUACAAAUAUGACCCUUGGAUUUGUGUCCAUAUCUUGGUCUGCAACCACUCCAUCUUCAGCAGACCCUCUUACGAUUCUCAAGUUGACUGGAGAUGUUGUGAGAAUUGCUGGUCAAGGGCUGAUAACAGCAACCGCGAUUGCUUUAGUGGAAGAAUUGCUGUUCAGAUCAUGGUUAACUGAAGAAAUUGCAACUGAUCUUGGAUACAUAAAAGGAGUAAUCCUCUCAGCAUUUGCAUUUUCAAUAUCUCAAUGGUCGCUGAAGGCAAUACCGGGGCUUUGGCUCUUAUCAAUAGGGCUGGCAGGCGUUCGACAGAGAUCGGGGGGAAGCCUGGCAAUUCCAAUAGGGCUGCGGGCAGGGAUUAUGGGUUGUAGUUUUAUGUUAAAAGAAGGCGGGUUUUUUAUAUUUCAACCAAAUUACACUUCAUGGAUAAUAAGUGGUGGUGAUCCUUUCCAACCUUUUAGCAGCAUAGUUGGUCUUGUUUUUGCUUUAUUAUGGGCGAUAUUUUUGUACCCACGAAACCCGAAAAAAGAGAACAACUGAUCAACCAAGAAACAGAAGAGACUCCAAUACAGUAAAUCUGUAUGACUGUAUCUGUAUCUGUAUAGUAUAGUAGCAAAAAAUCUUGAGAAUCAUGAACAUGAACAUGGGACUGUAUAUCUGUAUACUGUACUUGUAUUUCUAAAAAUAAGAGGGUGUUAAGUGCCUGUUUUAGUAUUA